ACUGUAUUUCAAAACAGCAGAAAACAUCUUCCUUAAUAAGAAGCUCACUUUGGAACUAAAAACAGAAGUUUUGGAUUAAGAUGACAGCUCGAACAAAUAGAGGAAUACCUUUAAGUUCAAUUAAUCCACGAUAUCUGCACUCAAACUCCACUAGCCACACCUGGCCCUUCAGUGCUAUAGCAGAACUCAUCGACAAUGCUUAUGACCCAGAUGUCAAUGCAAAACAAUUUUGGAUAGAUAAAACCUCAAUCAAAGAACAGGCUUGCCUUAUAUUUAUGGAUAAUGGAAAAGGCAUGGAUUAUGAUAAGAUGCACAAAAUGCUCAGUUUUGGUUUCAGUGAUAAGAAGACAGUAAAAGGCCAUGCCCCAGUGGGCCAGUAUGGUAAUGGUUUUAAGUCAGGCUCCAUGCGCUUGGGGAAGGAUGCAAUCGUCUUCUCAAAGAAAGCUGGCACCAUGUGUGUGGGUCUAUUGUCACAGACUUACCUUGAGAAGAUAAAAGCAGAAGAUGUCAUAGUACCUAUUGUCGAGUUCACCAGCACUGGACACACAGAUGUCGGUGUUGCACCAGAGUAUGAGGAGUCCCUUCAUGAUAUCCUGACACAUUCUCUGUUUAACACAAAAGAAGACCUGAUGUCUGAGUUCAGUGUCAUUGAUGGGCUGUGCAACAAAUCAAAAAGUGGAACCCGCAUCAUCAUCUGGAACCUACGCAGAACAUCUACAGAAAGCCUGGAAUUUGACUUUGAAAGGGACCGCUAUGACUUGCAGAUUCUUUCUGAUGUGUACGAGAGCACCAGGGGGACAAAAAAGCAGCAGGCAGGGACUAUCAUGUCAGUGCCAGAAAGUGAAUAUUCAUUGCGGGCAUACUGUAGUAUCUUGUACCUGAAGCCAAGAAUGCAGGUCAUCCUUCAAGGGCAGAAGGUUGAGGCUCAGUAUGUCACUAAAACUCUAGCAAAUGUGUUAAAAGACUCAUACAAACCUGUGUGUAAUCCUACCCUUAAAAAGGGAAUAACAAUCUCAUUUGGCUUCAAUACAAAGAACAAAGAUCACUAUGGAUUGAUGAUGUACCACAAAAACCGCCUCAUCAAAGCCUAUGAGCGUGUUGCCUGUCAGCGCAGGGCCAACAGCACAGGAGUGGGAGUUAUCGGAGUGAUCGAGUGUAACUACCUUACACCAACUCACAACAAGCAGGACUUUGACAGUACAGAUGAGUAUAGGAGAACCUUGCUAAGUGUAGGUAGCAAGCUUGAGGAUUAUUGGAAAGAAGUACACCACAGAUUUAAAGACUGCCCUGAUGUUCUGGAGGAUAUUGUGAAACAGCCAGACCAAAACUGGGUUCAGUGUGAACAGUGCUUGAAGUGGCGAAAACUUCCAGACUGUGUUGAUAUUGAGCGGCUCCCUAAAAAGUGGUUCUGCAAAAUGAAUUCUGACCCCCAAUACAGGAGUUGUGAAGCUGAAGAAGAGUCUGAGGAUUCAGACGAUGAACAACGGGGAUACCAGAAAACCUACAAACAGGAUGAGAAAAAUCAGAAGAUACAAGAGGAAAAGAGCAGUGAGCAGAGCCCUAUGAGAUCCUGGCAAACACCAUCCAGCUCUGACCUUAUUUCCUCUUCUGACACAGAAACUGGCUCCAGAUCUCUUGAUAACACUUCUGCUGACACUCAGGGCACUGCUCACUCUUCUACUCCCACUAGGAAUAAAACAGCCCUGGUUCCAAAUCAAGAUGGCCCUCCUAAAAAGAAAGCUAGAGGAAAAUGUUUUGGUACCACACCAGAUAGUUUUCUGAAUGAUAGUGAUGGUAAGGCAGCACAAUUUAAGGAAACUGAAAUAGCACAGAUGGAGGAUGGAGAUGAUGGAAUUAACAUGAGCACAGGGAAGAAGGAACAGAGCAAUGAAUUCACAAACAUCAGCACUGAGGACCAGCAAAACUAUGAAGUUCUGUAUCUGCAGGCCAUGGAGGAGAUAAAGCAGCUCCAAAAUAAGAUAAGAGAUCAAGAAAAAGAACAAAAUGAAAAGGUGGACAGGCUAGAAAAUGAGAAACACACUUUGUUGACCAGCUAUAAGAGCCUGCAGAAUGAUUUAGAGGGGAUAAAAAAAGAAAUUGAAAAGGUGAAGGUAAUUAUGGCAGAUAAAGAGGUCCAGACAGAUUUUCCCUCCUCCUAUGAGGAAAGUACAGUAACUUCUGCAGAAGCCUCGAAUUCAGGAAGAGAAAGAGACUCACAGGAGCAAGAGACACAGGACAGACCAGAGAAUGGACACGAAAACAAAAACACACAAUUAUGCAGUCUCAGAUUAAGAGACCUCAGACAAAAAGUGGCCCGUCUCCUGGUCACCUUCAUUCCUGCACUGGACCUGCAGCAGGUGAAUUACGAUUGUGACGUCAUCGAUGAGAUUCUUACUCAGGUUAUAGAAGAGAAAGAGGCAGCCUCUUCAUAAAAACAGUGAUGAUCAGAAGAGGACAAUCUUUUAAACACGUUCAAGAAUUGGUUGGUUCAUAUAAAAAUGUAAAAAAAAAUGAAUAAAAAAAACA